UUCCUAAUGUAUUUUUCUUUCUCCAAUUUUGCUGCUGAUCCAGCCCCUGUUGCCAGUUCAUUAUCUGCACGAUACACCCAUCGGGCAGUUGUGAUCACUGGAGGACUCCUGGCUUUUUCAGGAAUGGCACUGGGAUUUUUUGGAUUCAACAUGGUCUGGAUGUAUGUAACGACUGGCUUCCUACAGGGUCUUGGGAUUUCCUUUUCAUGGACACCAGCCAUUAGCAUUGUUAGCCAUUAUUUCUCCAAGAAAAGGGCUUUGGCCAAUGCUAUUGCCAGCGCUGGAGAAUGUGCCUUUGCAUUCACAUUUGGACCAUUUUUCCAGUGGUUGAUUAGUCAAUAUGGAUGGAAAGGUGCCCUCUUGAUCAUAGGUGGCAUCCAACUCAAUAUUUGUAUUGGUGGAGCACUGAUGCGACCCCUGGCAAGCAGCUGCCUCCUUGAGGCUCACCAUUCCGAAACUCGAACACCACCUGGCAAGAGUGCAUCCAGGAUAGACAAAGAAGAUAAGUCUCCUAUCACACACAAAACCUUCAACUGGAUGCUUCUGAAGCGACCAGAGUUUGUACUUUAUGCCAUUUUUGGCAUAUUAGCUGCUAUGAGUUUUUUUGUUCCUCCGUUAUUUUUAGUUCCAUUUAGCUACAGCCUGGGAAUAGAUGAAUCAUGGACUGCAUCACUCCUAUCCAUUUUGGCUAUGGUGGACUUUGCAGGCAGACUGCUGUGUGGCUGGUAUGCCAAUCUCCACGUUACCAAAACCAUUCAUUUGCUGGUGAUGACAAUUACACUGAUCAGUACUUCCCUGAUGCUGUUGCCACUGGCUAACAAUUAUGUUUCCUUGGCAAUAUUCACUGGCUUCUAUGGAUUCUUCUUUGGUACGACAGUCGCCAUUCACAUUACAGUGCUGGCAGAUGUUGUAGGCAUGCCAGAAUUUGACAGUGCUUUAGGGCUUUUCAUGCUCAUUCGAAGCUCUGGAGGUUUUGUGGGGCCCCCUCUUGCAGGUCUGAUUGUGGACAUGGCUGGAGACUACAGAGCAGGCUUCUACAUGGCAGGAGCCACUCUCAUCCUAUCAGCUGGAUUUUUAGUUACUUUAGAUCAACUCCAACAGAGAAAAGAAAGAGAAAGCCAGACUAGUACUAAACUAGAAAAGUCAACAUUAUCCUACCCUUCCCUCCAUCUCCUGAAACACAACAACAGAAGCUAUUGAGAACACAAUGUAGUGGUGUGACUACACUGGACCUCGGACAGCAUUUCAGGACACAUGGAAGUGUUUUAUUUUAGCCAAAUUCCCUAUUAGUAGGAUUUACAAAACAACAGAAGUUUUGGGUAGGAAUGUUUGAAAUUAAGGAAGAAAGUAAGUAGUUUACAAGCAAACUAAAGCAGUAACCAUUAUAUAUUAUUUUGAUGCUGAAGUUGCAUUUUGACUAUACAAGUCUUCAGUACAGUCCCACAGGGCCAUGCUAAGUGAAUUAGGGAAACUAUGGUCUAAAUUAAAUUGCCAUGAAGUGUGUACGCAGCAGAUAGAAACUCUACUCCCAAAUACAGAUUGCAGCUGUCGCUAUCAAACAGGAAGAGGCAUCACCUCACAGAUGUUUAGCUUGGGGAAGUAGUGUUCAGUAUUUUCAGUAAACAAGUCAGAUGUGAAAGCAUGAGUACCUGAAUAGAGUUUUGAGCUAAAGAUUUGCAGGUACUCUACAGAGCAGGGCUGGAAUCAGAUAAAUAAAUAAACCUGAUAAAUGGGAAAAGGUACAUACGUGAUAGAAAACAGUAGAGAGAAAUACAGUAUUAAAUAUCAGAAGUAAAAAGCAAAAUACAUCCACAUAAAAUGAAGAAGGAUUGAUGAAUAGUAGAAGAAGACCUAUGGCUAUGGUGGCCUUCAAAAUGAGUAAGAAUCCCAAAUGCAACCUUGCAUUAAAAGUACUAAAUGUUCUGUGUUAUUGGUAAGAUAGAAUGAUGCUUGCAAGGCUUUAACUGGAAGAAGUACGUAAGUUGCAAAGAAUUAAGUGGAAAAAAUUGAGAAAAUUAAGAAAACACAACCUAAGGAAAAAGUGUAAGAAAUAAAGUUUUUCUGGUUUAGAAGACAAAAGUAUUUACAGGGCACAAGAACAGCCUUCCAAUCCAUAAUAGGCUGACAUAAAAAGACAUUGUAGCCUGUUAAGCAUGGAAGCAGACUACAGGGAGAAUACGAAAACAGAGAGAUAUCAGAGAAUAGGUAAGACAUGAGCAAGAAUCUAAAUAUAUUUGAUUGCACUUCUAAGUAGUAUGAUGGACUAGUUGACUUCCCUUUAGUCCCACAUUCCAAGUAUCCUGAGGCAAAUACUUUGAGUAAAUACUCUUUGAGAAUGAAAGAGAGUCUGUAUCCAAAUAACUUUUAUUUUAUCAGUGGGAAGAGAGAACUUAAAAGAAGGGAGGAAGGGCUGGAUCACAUUUAGAAAAAACAGUAAAAGGAAAAAAACAUAGCACUUUAAAGUUCCCAAAUUAUCAUUAUUAUCAUAGCUGCCCUACUUAUGAACUUUUUAUGAAAUUUUUACCAUGGCUUCCUCUGGGAAGUUUAACAUAAAUCACUCAUCUAAAAUAAUUACUUCUUGUCUCAUAGAAUAAUCAUUAUUUCAAAAACUUAAUUUAACUUACACAAAAUCAGCUGAGCCAGUAAUAAAUCAACUACCUGUGAGGGCUUGAUUGCAGAAUGUACACUGGAAGGAACACAACUGGGCGUGUUGUAGCACAGUCCUGAAAAACUACUUUUCAAACAUGUCAAUGGAAAAACUUGGAUUUUUCUAGAAGUAUUAGUCUUCAGUCUUCUGCAGGGUUCCAAUAUUUAAAAUAACUCUUCAUUUUAUAAAGUGAAAGGAAGAGUUAUUGGAGGCAGGACAAAUGGGGAUAUGUUUAAUAGAUGUAGCUUCUACCUCUGCCUUUCUGUUAAAAUUCUGUAUUUUAUUUACAAGUCCUGUCACUGAUUUAUUUUGACAUGUCCUGACAUCAGACAUGGGCAAUA